UGGGACCCCCCUGGCACCAAAGCUGGAUCCACCCUUGAGUCUGAAUCUAAUAAUUGGGAAAAUUCUCUAUUAAAUUAUGCAAACACAACUGGUGAUAUUUUGAACUACAAGAAGUUUACUCGCGAUUUGAAAAAUAUACUUGGGAAUGGAGGUCCAAUUAUUGCAGUGGCUGUUAUUAAAAAUAAACCCAUAUUAAGGGCUUACGUACCAGAAAACAUCCCAAGAAUGGCAAAACCGAACAAUCAAGAUAUACAAAAAGCAGUUCAAGAAACAGAUCCGACAUUAAGACCGACAAAUGUAGAGUUACAAAUGGCGUACCAGGACACCGGAGUCAGCAAAGUUACAGAUGAAUUUGAAGGUAUAGAAUUGACACCAAAACAAAAACGUAUGUUACGUAAAAAAUGGCGUAGUACCUGCGAUAAGCAAGCAGCUAAAACUUGCAAGAAAGCUUGUUAUGCUGCUCAAAAACGCGCUUGUAAUGAAUAUCACUGUAAGAGAGCUAUAAGCAGAAGUUUUAGAAAAUACUGCAAAUCGAGUUGUACAGAAUUCUUCAUAGGAAGUAGAUCUGAAAACUCCGAUGGGCUAUUCUCUGAUUGAAUUAAAACACUGCAGUACAAAAAAACGUUAACUACUGCAA